AUGGCACUACUCAAGAUCUCUACGACAAGGAUUGUGUACCUGUGGGCCAAAUUGUUCUUGGUUCUUGGGAUCAUGUCUGCUACGUUCCCCUCCUGCCGAGCUGCUAGCCUUUCAGGCUUCAAUUGCUGCCAGGAAAAUAAACCGCCCGAGAUCGACUGCCAGCGGUACAUAAAUUGCAAACCUUAUGGGUGCUGGCUUGCUUGUACACGACGGGGCUACACUGGUGUUGGUGCUCACUGCAUAAACAAGAAAGAUGCGUACAAGGAUGAAUGCUGCUGCAACAAAGAUCCGAAACAUGGGGCUACACCACUAGUGUAG